CCGUGGUGAAUCAUACAAAGCACUGGUUCGACUCGCUGAUUAUCGAAAAGACGUACAAAGGUCUACAAUAAUUGACAAAUCUGGUUGUGGUUUAUAUACUGCUGCAUUGAAGCUGCUUUCUGGCUUCGGAUUAUCACCUCUUCCCAAAUGGGUACACCGCAUUACCAAGGAAAGCGCCAAUGAAGCAUGAGCGUGGUCACAAGAAAAUGAAAUGGCUGAUUUGCCUCAUCGCAAUAAAGCAACCAAUAUGGCCCGGUCUCUGUUACAAAAACUCAUUUAUGAUUACGAGUUAGAAAAUUCUACUAGCGUACGUAAAUAUAUAGCAAACAAGCUGCUAAGUCUCAACGCUUGGCUAUAUAAUGACUACAAGUUGGCGAAUUGUCCAGAGCUAUUGUAUUUGUUCGUCUAACAUAAUCCCUUAAUUGAAGCUGCCGAAUUACCACAUGCACU